UCUCAGCAGGGCUUCAUUAAGGUUCUCACAUCGUACGUUUCCCAUCACACUAUGUUCGUUUGAUUUCGAGGCGAGUUGUGAGCAAUCAAGUUCAAUUCCAGUCGACCAUUCGGAAUGUUCCUGAGAACGUUCAUCGUUCAUUGUGCCAUCUCGUUAUCUCUGGGUUUGGCCUCAAAUUGGGAUGGAUUGGAACAGGACCUGGAUCUCGAUCUCUCGAACGUGGCCAAGUUGCAAGUACAAUUCGGAGGAAAAGGCGAAAUCUUGGAGGUGGAUUUAGGGAAGGAGAUCGCUUUGAAUCAAGUCCAACAAGAGCCGGAAAUCACUUUCGAGCCCGAAUCAGGAGCCAACUACACUCUAAUCAUGGUUGACCCAGACGCACCUAGUCGUAAGAAGCCAGUUGCCAGGGAAUGGCUUCAUUGGCUUAUGGUCGACAUUCCCGGGGCCAAUAUCAAGGCAGGAAAGGUGAUCACUUCAUUCAAUCCGUCUGGGCCUCCUGCCAGAUCCGGAUUCCAUCGGUAUGUUUUCAUGCUUUUUAAGCAAUCCUCCUCCUUGAAGAAUCUGAAGCGGAUCAGAACUAGACGCGGAUUCAAGGUGACCAAAUUCAUGGAGGACAAUGGACUGGGAAACACACCUGUAGCAGCUAACUUCUACAUAACUCAAAGGGCUUGAAGAAAGAAGAUUUCCAACAUGCGAGGAGCAAAAUUAUGCAUUUUGUAGUCUUUUUCUCCAACUAUUUAUGUACACUCGUCAAUGUCAAAGACUAAGACAAGGGUAAGAAAUAAAGUGCCCUCAGCCUUU